GGAGUUGGUGAAGUCAAAGAGGGAGCAGGUUUUCUCUCUCCUCUGGGAGCUCUCAUCACAGUUAUGGAGCUUGACAUUUCUCGGCUGCUUUCGGCCUCUGAGGGAAGUCAAAUCCUAUUUAGGGCUUGCUAUGAUGGAAAUUUUAAUUGAAGUUUUUGAGUUAGGGUUUCUCAUUUUGUAAUUGCAAUUCUUCAUAGUCUUUGUGACGAAGACGAUGGGUUCGUUAUAACGAGAAAUUGAUCUCUCAGUUUUCAAAUUUGCCUGUAAAUUAUCCGGCCAUGGCUUGGAAUCCUUUCCAGGACGCUGCCAAUUCGAAGCCACUGUUUGUAACCAUCUAUGCCACGGUCCUCGUUGGCAUCGCAUUAUCGUCUGUCUAUGUCUUCUCCGCCAUUUACUCGGGCAAGACAAUAUACUCUAUCCCUUGGUCCUCCUCAUCUCUUUCACGUGUAGAUGCUCCUCAAUUGGAACAUGCUCUCAACUUUUCUAGACCAUUUGCAGGGGUUGGAGUUACUGGGCCUGCAUCACAACCUCAAAGUAUAUGGACAAAGCCAAUAUGGGAAGUUCCACCUCCUGGUACCAAAAUGCCGCCUUUGAAGGCCUUUCGUCUGACAAAAGAACUUGUCAGCCACAGAGUGAAAGAUAAUAUUAUCAUUGUAACCUUUGGAAACUAUGCAUUCAUGGAUUUUAUCAUGAAUUGGGUUAAACACUUGACCGAUCUUGGUCUUUCUAAUUUUCUUGUAGGUGCAAUGGAUACGAAACUUUUGGAGGCCUUAUACUGGAAAGGUGUUCCAGUAUUUGAUAUGGGCAGUCAUAUGAGCACAAUAGAUGUUGGUUGGGGUUCACCAACAUUUCACAAAAUGGGGAGAGAAAAAGUUAUUUUGAUAGAUUCCAUGCUGCCUUUUGGCUAUGAGCUACUGAUGUGUGACACAGACAUGGUUUGGUUAAAGAAUCCUCUCCCAUAUUUUGCUCGCUUUCCUGAAGCAGAUAUCUUAACUUCAAGUGAUCAAGUGGUGCCAACAGUUGUUGAUGACAGGUUGGAAAAUUGGCAACAAGCUGGUGCUGCUUACAACAUUGGAAUUUUCCACUGGCGACCAACAAAUUCUACCAAAAAACUAGCAAAAGAAUGGAAGGAGAUACUUCUAGCUGAUGAAAAGAUAUGGGAUCAGAAUGGGUUUAAUGAACUAGUGCGCAAACAAUUGGGACCAUCUGUGGACGAGGAAAGUGGACUUGUAUAUGCUUAUGAUGGAAAUCUUAAGUUGGGAAUUCUCCCAGCAAGUAUAUUUUGCAGUGGACAUACUUACUUUGUUCAGGUCAUGCAUCAGCAACUCAGAUUGGAACCAUAUGCAGUGCAUACAACCUUCCAGUAUGCAGGUACAGAAGGAAAACGUCACAGACUACGGGAAGGUUUGGUUUUCUAUGAUGAACCAGAAUAUUAUGAUUCACCAGGAGGUUUUUUGUCAUUUAAGCCAUCUAUCCCAAAGAGACUGUUGCUGGAGGGGAAACAUGAUGUUACAUCACACUUUUCUCUUGUUAAUUACCAAAUUAAACAAAUAAGAACUGCUCUUGCCAUUGCUUCAUUGCUGAACCGUACAUUGGUGAUGCCUCCACUGUGGUGCAGAUUGGAUAGACUAUGGUUUGGACAUCCUGGAAUUUUGGAGGGAACAAUGACCAGGCAACCUUUUCUCUGCCCCUUGGAUCAUGUAUUUGAGGUGAACGUUAUGUUGAAAGAACUACCAGAGGAGGAAUUUGGCCCUGCUAUCCAUUUUAAAGAGUACUCCUUCCUUGACAAUUCAUUACUACCUAAACAGAUAAAGGAGUCAUGGCUUGAUGUUCAACUUUGUCAUUCUGGAUCCCAAGAUUGUCAUGUGACCAAUAAAACAAGUCGACCAGGAGUACUCAGAUUACCAAAGCAUAGCAGUGAAGAAACGUUGAAAACAGUACUUUCCUCAUUCAAGGAUGUCAAAGUCAUCCAGUUCUCAUCCAUGCAAGAUGCUUUUGAAGGUUUCAGUGACAAGACGAGGGAGACAAAGUUCCGAAACCGUAUGAAGAGGUAUGUAGGUAUCUGGUGCUGUGUACUGGAUCAUACGCCUGGCCACAUAUAUUAUGAUAUGUACUGGGAUGAAAAGCCCAACUGGGAACCAGCCCCACCAAAGACUCCACAAGAUGACCAUCCACCCUGGUAAGGCUUAACUUACAAUUAUAAUUUUUACGAAGAAAAGGUAAUAGGAACAGAGAAAAGUAGGGGGAGAAGAAAGAAAUGUACUGGGAGGAGUAUGCAUGCACACACGAUAUACAACAGACAUCGAGAAGCCAAUUCUCGAGGGAAAGUAGCUGACAUGAUUUUGCAAACAGGGUUUUAUCCAAAAAUUUUGGUAUAUUUGAAUUACUUCAAUGUGCAAAUGAACGAAAUGGAAGUUAUUGAAUCUGAGGUUGGAUUUAGUUCCUUUUCCUUCUA